AUGUCUAUAUCUGCACCACAUAGUAUACAAAGCAGUAAAGGAUGUACUCCUGAUGUCCCGGUGCAUUUCCAAAUUGGUGUUGUGACUUUCUAUUGCAUUUACAUGCGCUCCAAGCUCCUUAGUUGUUCCUAUUGCCUCCAGCUCGAGUCAAGUGUGUUCAAGUGUGUUGCCUCCAGCUCCCAUCAAUCAAUUCCUUCAAGUUCUACCUUCAAUGGGGAACUUUUAAUGUAUCAACAUUCUGCAGUCCCUGAUGGAGAUGAUCACAAACAAUCUGAUUAUGGUAUUAUUAGCUUUGUUAAACUGCCAAGCAAUGACCUUUUGCAAGAAUUAUCAAGAUAUGGAUUGGGUCAUGUUACUCCAUCUGUAGGGCUCCUUGCUUUACUCAAAAAUCCAGUCAAGCGAAUUGGUCUAGCAAUAAUAGAGAGGACAUGGCACACACUAAACUGGUACCAGGCGCGCCUGGCUGUGGACAACUACCAAAUUUUGAAGGAUGCACUCCUUCAUGCUCGUGCCGCUGAUUUGCUUCACAUAUUUGGAGUUUUGAACCAGGACAUUGUGGAUGAACAUAUUUUUAACGCUACUCAACAAUGGAUCACCGCUCAUCCAAACUCACUGGGUUUGAGUAUAGAUUAUUAA